GCUGCCUUUAACAUCAAUCCGCUGAUGAAUGCUCAAGAAGAAGUAGAAAGCACCUUUGUUCCGAGUACGCUGCGCACAUCUACUAGCAGCAGUGGCACACGACCAUGGAAGACGUCCUUGUGUCCUUGUGCUUCUGCUUGUUCUCGUUCCCUGAAUUCUGCUCCUCGGCACAAUUGUGCAACAGUAUCACGACCACACUAGCCAGUGUUUGAGCUUGAGUUUCUCGUCUGUAAUACCCGGCGCUGACCCUGUGCUCGUGCGCAUCGAGCGUUUUGAGUCAUACCAAAUGGCGCGAGGCGGCGUUUCGUUUCGUGUUCGUGCAGCCGCAGCACGCGCUGCUGAACUGCUUUUGCUGCAAUGCUCCACCUCUUUGUUUUCCCCGACGCCAUUGUUGUUCUUUAGCGGGGGACCACGAGGAGUCCAUGCAAUGAAGAAGAAAAUUGAAACGGACAACCACGGCACGAUGGAGAUCGACGUGGAGGAUAUCCACAGGAAUGAAACUCAUACCCAUCCAGUUUGUCGUGCAAAACAUACAUGAAAUCCUGUCUCUGUCAUGCAAAAAAGGGAUUGGGACGGUUUUUGUCUUCUGUGGAUAGAGGACGACGAGUUUUUCCAGAUGGGCGUGGACAUGCACGCCCGCGGCGACUUCCCGUACCCGGUGAAGAUUGGUUUCGAGAAGGCCGAGCGCGAGGAGGACGGCGCCUGGAUCACGAAAAACUGGCGGAAGUGGAAGACCGAGCUGGUCACGCACGCGCUCGCCUCCUUCGGGCCGCACGAGUGGAAGUUUUUCCGCACGAAAUGGCUUCCGGGGAACAAGAAAUUAGUUGGGGCGAAGAAGGUGGACAAGAUUCUCAGCGACUUCAAGCGCCACCGCUACUGGUACUACUACGACCCGGAGGGGGCGAAACAGCAACAGAAGCGGGACAAGGAGGUGAAAGAAGCAGCGAAGAAGAGGAAAAUGGAAAAGCUGAAAACCUCGACGACCACGACGUCGACCACUACGGCCUCCGUCGGUCAGGCGAAGAAAAACUCAGCGAAAACCGCGGGGAAAGAGGCGAAAAAGGGAAAACAGCAGGACAAAAUCGUCAAAGAAGAUGCUGAAAAUAAAGAUAAACUCGCUGCUAGCAUCAAAUUCGUCCCUGAGGAGCAGAAGAAUGAGAAUGGCGCUUCGAGUGUGCCUGAUCUAGAGCUCCUGCAACAAGAGGAGAAAAUGCGGUAUGGCGGCAAGAAGCCACCAACACAAGUGACUUUCAACACGAGACCAAAAGACCCCGAUGCGCGGGACAGUGACGCGGACGAGGAUUUUGAACUCUGGAAUCACCGGAGCAAGCACGCAAAGGCGAAGCGGAACGCGCCCAAGGCGGUAAAGGACAAGUACUUUGCGAAGGGUGGUAAGACCUGGGCGGAAGAGCAGUUGGAGAAGCAACGGAAACGUGACGCAGAUCUGGACCAGAAAAUCAAGGAGGAAAAGCGGCAGAAAAAGGACAAGAAGUCGAAGGACGAUGAAGGUACAGCGAAGAAAAAUAAAGUGGAGAAAACGUCGAAAUCCAAAGCGGACCAGGAGGCAGAGGACCAAAAGAUCAUCAAGAAGGCGGCCGAAGAGAACCAAAAGAUGGAAGAGAGGUACACUGCAGCGGCAAAGAAAAAAAAGAAGGAGGCUGCGGAACAGGCGGAGAAGAAAAAGAAGCAGGACGAGGAGACUGCGAAAGAGAAGAAACAGCAUGAGGAGGCGGAAAAAGAAAAGCAGGAGGAAGCGGAGGCCCAGAAGAUUGAAGAGAAAGCUGAAGCGAAGCGCAAGCACAAUCUGGCGCUGGACUAUGCCAACAAACUCGUCCAACAGGCAAGUGCUGACUAUGAAAAGAAAAAGGCAGCUGCGGAGAAGAAGGAGUCGCAGAAAAAGAAGAAAAAGGCGGCAAAAAGCGUCAAGAAACCAGCGAAGACUGUCAAAGGUGAAUUGUGACGAGGUGGCGCAUGUUCUUGUUGAGACGAAACAUGAACAAACGCACAAGGAAUUACUUCGUAGAAGAAUGUCAUUUUCUGAUGAUCAUUCCGUGUUUGUUAAGAUGAACCUGUACCAAGUAGGGAAAACUUUUGACAAGGGAAUUGAACUCAUGAACCACAACUGCAGAGGACAAGGGUGGUGGUGAAUUUUUU